AGCCGCGCAGCGCUCGGGUCGAGUGUGAUUCCCUUCUCUGCUGCGGGCGGGUCUACUGUGAGUCGAGCUGCGUCUCUUACCAAUAAUCGCGUGAAAUUUCUCCAAUUUAGACACGCGGUCGACAGGGAAUUGGAACCCCGCGAGGAAACAAGGUAUGGCAGCUAUAAGGAAAAAGCUGGUGAUCGUGGGAGAUGGAGCGUGUGGGAAGACCUGUCUCCUCAUAGUGUUCAGCAAAGACCAGUUUCCAGAAGUCUACGUGCCUACUGUGUUCGAGAACUACAUUGCAGACAUCGAAGUCGACAGCAAACAGGUGGAGCUGGCAUUGUGGGACACAGCAGGACAGGAAGACUACGAUCGUCUGAGGCCUCUGUCUUACCCAGACACAGAUGUCAUCCUCAUGUGUUUCUCAAUUGACAGUCCCGACAGUUUAGAGAAUAUCCCAGAAAAGUGGACACCGGAGGUGAAGCACUUCUGCCCAAAUGUUCCCAUAAUCCUCGUGGGCAAUAAGAAGGAUCUGCGGAAUGAUGAGCACACACGGAGAGAGCUGACUAAGAUGAAGCAGGAGCCAGUUAAACUGGAGGAGGGCAGGGACAUGGCCAAUCGCAUUAGCGCCUUCGGCUACCUGGAAUGCUCAGCCAAGACGAAGGAGGGUGUGAGGGAAGUAUUUGAAAUGGCCACCAGGGCGGCGCUGCAAGUCCGCAAGAGGAAGAAGAGGAACGGGUGCUUGCUGCUGUGAGAGAACUUCCCAGUCUUUUCCAGAAUGAUCUCUAUAAUGACCAUGAAUUACCAAACUCCAAAAAAAAAAAAAGUUUUUGACCAAACAACAACAAAUACACUGGACUUUGUCACAUUUCAUGCAAACCAACAGGUGGGAAAUGGAGGAAUGUGAAUAAAAUAUGCAUUCAUUUGACAGAGGCUGGGUAGAAAGGCAGGUUAGAUCAGUAUAUUAUAUCAUAUGUUUUGAUUUAGUUUUCCUUUAUGGCCCAAUGUGUUUCAGAAUACACUGUUUUUCUUCAGUUUGUACUGCACGGAUGACAUCAGUCGUAACAGUAUUGUAUUUUUGCACAUUUAACAAUCAACCAUUAAAACUGAGUCUUGUUUUCGUAUUUUUGUAAUAGAAAUGAAUAUAACCAUGUAGAAAUAUCUUAAUAGCACAGAAUUUGAUAGAAUCAGUGCCUUCAUCACCAUUCCCUCCAUAAUUUGAAUGUACUCCAGUAAAGUGCUAGUUUUAAGCUUCUCUGUGACUUUACACUUACUUACAUUUUUUUUUUAGAAGUAACUGUUUUUAAAUGUAUUUAAAGGAUCUCCAAUAAUAUUAUAUUGUUUAUAUCUUUCAAUCCCCAAAUAAAUAGUAAUUACUUGUCAUUUGAAGGCUGUCACGUCUAAAACUGCCAAUUAGGAAUGUAUUGUAAAAUAAAUGUAUUUUAUUUGUGUUUACCCAUUUGUCCUCCAGACAUGCAGAAAUGUACGUGUGCACAUGGAACUCUAUAGAUACUAAACGGGUCGAACCUGCCUCGAAUAUCUGGGCUGAGCUCAUGCGGUCACAUGUAUUUUCCUUGCAUUAGCCGGUUUAAAGGACACAUGCUUGAGUAUUGUUAAUGCAAACAUUACACAUGUUUUAGUUGUAAUCACUUAAGUUUUUAGCACUGUUUUUAACAUCAAAUAAAUACACAAACCAA